GUUUCUUCAGAAAUUCGCCGGAUUCGACCGGAAUCCGCGUAAAAUCCAUCCACCGUCGUCCUCCUCCUCGUCCUCGGAUUUCAAUUACAUGAAUCGCAGACGAUGCGUUGUUGUUGUUGUUGUUGUUGUUGUUGGUGUUGCUAUUCUCUGAGAGAUCGGAUUUUGUCGUGGCUUCGCGAUUACGAUCGCCUCCAAUCCCUCGCCGUCGUCCUCCUUUAUAUUCAAAUUGCCUGUGCAUCGAUUGGAUCGCUGGGGGCAUCGUACAACGGAGUGCUGUUCAUCAAUUUGGCUAUAGCCUUGUUCGCACUCGUCGCCAUCGAGAAUAGCAGUCAGAGCUUAGGCCGGACUUAUGCCGUUUUGCUCUUCUUCUCCCUUUUCCUCGAUAUCACCUGGUUCAUCCUCUUCUCUUACGAAAUUUGGAACAUUCCCUCGGAUUUUGGAGUGCGUUUUAUCUUUUCUGUCAAGCUGGCUCUGGCCAUGCAAAUUGUUGGAUUUUCAGUGAGGCUAUCAUCCUCGUUCCUAUGGGUUCAGAUUUACAGGUUGGGGACCGGAUAUGGGGACAACAAUUGUCCUCGAGAUGCUGAUUUUGAUUUGAGAAAUAGUUUCCUCAGUCCUACAACUUCUUCCACAGCUAGACAGAGCUCUGGGAAUGAUGAGGCUUUGGGAGGGGCCAUAUAUGACCCUGCUUAUUACUCAUCUUUUUCUGAAGAAGGACAAGAGACUAAAAUUUCCUUUUUGGGUCAUCAUAAUGAUGCUAUUGGAAACAGUGGAUCUAGUUCUGGUGCUGAUGCUUCCCAAUUGAAGUCAUUAGCUGGCAGGUUACAGGCUAUUGAUCAGCAGAAUGAAACGAAAUUGCUUGAGAAUGUUUGAAUCUGGGCAUGAAAUCCGAGACAUCCAGCUUAGUAUCCACCCCUGAUACAUUUUGUUUUGAUUUUCUUUCUUUGAUGAGGCCAUAACCAGCGUAUCAAUAGGAAUGGAAUCUGUACAGUUUCAACUUUUUAGCCAUUUUUUCCCUGAGAUUUAGAUGCAAAUAUUGAAGUUUGAAGACCCGGUUGUUCAUUCAGCUUAUUGGAUGAGGAAUAGAUUAAUGUCAAAAGGUUUUGCAUUUGGGAAGCAUUUUUGGUAUUCACUAUUCUUUGUAGUAAGCCAAGGACACCAUCUUGACUCAAGGUUCUCUAGAUCAGAAUUUGACGCUCCUAACACACACAGAUGUUAUGCCACAGGUGAUGAUGCCUUUUCAAUUAUAUGCUUUGCAUUGCACUGCUGACUUUGGAUCUUCUAGGCCAUAGCUAGCUAUGAGCUGGGCCAUCCUGCUUUAGGAUUUUAUUUUAGCUUGAUUAUCAGAAUUGGUUGGAUAGUUACUUAGAAUGCCAAAGACUAUAUAACAUUUUUUCCAUUAGCAGUUUUCGCAGAAAGACUUGCUCAGUGUGAAUGACAAUGAAGCAGUCAAUUCAUGAAAAUUUUAUUCUAGAAAGAGUUGCUCUUUCUUUCUUUCUUUCUUUUGUUUUUUUGUUCCAUCCAGUAGAGAGGAAUUGCAUGAUAGAUAUUAAUUGGUGCAUGACCCUUUGCAU